AUGGAUAUUAUUCUAGCAACUGGCGGGACAGGUGGGCACAUCUUUCCGGCUAUCACCUUAAAAAAAGCAUUAAAAAUUCAAGGCUAUAAAUGCAUAUUAUUCACUGACAGGCAGAUAAGUAGAAACAGUGGUAUAGAGAAUUGUGUGCUGCCAUUAUGCAAACCAAGUAUUCAUAAGCUUAAAUUUUUUUUCUUACUGUUUUGUAGCUGCAUAUCAGCACUAUAUCAUAUAAGAAAGUUAAAACCCAAAUUAGUUAUUGGGUUUGGUAGUUAUGCAUCUUUCCCGACUCUUCUUGCGGCAAAAAUUCUUUCAAUACCUAUAAUUUUACAUGAACAGAAUGCGGUACUUGGAGGGGUAAAUAGAUUUUUUUUUAAGAGUGCAAAGCUUGUUGCAACCAGUUUUCCAGCAACUAAGUAUGCACAGGGAAAUAAAUGUGUUUUUAUUGGAAAUUUUAUUGGUGAUAGAGUAUUGGAAGUACAAGAUGACAUGGAAUAUUUCAAUAUAUUAAUAAUAGCAGGUAGCCAAGGUGCGAACUUUUUUGAUGAUGUAAUAAGUAGUGUCAUCUGUGAUUUACCUCAAACACUGAAGUCUAGAAUCAAAGUAACGCAACAAUCUACAAAGAAAAAUAUAAGUAAGAUUGAGAAUCAAUACCAGAACAAAGAAAUCAAUUUUGAAUUAAGCGAAUUUUUUGAUGAUAUGGGAAAGAAAUUAGCUAGUUCACAUCUAGUAAUUAGUAGAGCCGGAGCAACUUCAAUAGCAGAAAUCACCCUUUCUAGACGUCCUGCUAUAUAUAUUCCAUAUCUUCACUCAAAAGAUAAUCAUCAAUUUUAUAAUGCAAAGCAUAUUGAAAGCUCGAACGCAGCAAUAAUAGUCGAGCAGAAUAGUCAAACAAAAGAAAAUCUAACGAAAUUAUUAGUCGACUUAUUAAAUAAUCCUAAAAAAUUAUAUAACAUGGCCAAUAAUACUAAAAAAACAGAAAUGAAGGAUGGAGUUAUAGAGUUUAUUCAGAUGUUAACAUUAAAAUACUUUCCUUAAGAACUUAUUUAUAACUUUAUAUAAUAUGUUUACAACAAUGAUUGUUCGUUGCUAAUACAGAAUACUGUGGAUUUAACAAAAGAAAGAGCAACUCCUGUAAUGGAGCAAUACUUGAAUUUAAUGGCUCGGUAUAAAGAUCAUUUAUUGUUUUACAGGCUUGGAGAUUUCUAUGAACUAUUUUUGAUGACGCUAUUCAAGCAGCAAAACUGCUGAAUAUAAUCUUAACCAAAGGAGGUAACUCGAACGGCAAAGAUAUACCUAUGUAUUAUGUGCACGCUCAUAGUAGCAGAUCUUAUCUGCAUAAACUUAUAAAUUUAGGAUUGAAAGUUGCAAUCUGUGAUCAAUCAGAAACAACAGAUGAAGCAAAAAAAAA